GAAUAUAAACGUUCAUCCCAAUACUUUCGUUAUUAGUAUUUAAUGUUUGCAACACAGAAAUGUAACCUACUAUGUAGACUGUUUGUUAAGCUGUUUCAAACAUAAAGCUAGCCUACAUGAUGCUCUCUCUGGACCAGCGCCUGCGCGAAAGCAGGUUUAAAAAUUCCCAUGUGAUUGUGAUUUCAAAUGUUUAGCGGAAUCAUCGUCAUAGCAAUAAGACUGGGUGUGUUUGAAUCGCGAUCUUUUAAUGAUUAAUCCAUGAGCAUAUAGCCUAUGUAUUUUUGUAUCCCAUAAUUUUGUAUGCCUUACAGUUCCUGUAAGAAGCUUACGCCGUGUGCUACUUCAGUUUAGUUUCACUUUACACAUACAUUCCUUCUAACUGAAAUACGAGACGCUCUUUAACACUUAUUUCACCUGUAGGUAUAUCAUUAUCAGCCGCAUCCACAUUGAAAAGAAACCUGCAAUCAACUUAUUUAUCCUUUAUUUGCUAAAUGUAACAAAUGGGAACAGUGUUUACUAACCAAAACACAAAUCCGGUGAAAUGUUUUCGCAACCCGUCUUUUAUAAGCCUCAGUUCCGGGACUUUCCGCAGGUUGGGAUAGUGACUGUGGAAGCAUGACCGAAGCGCUGGAGUUGAAGCCCAUUCAAGUUGUCUGUUACAACAAUAACGUCUCGAGUGACCAAACUAAUGAGGUGAUUCCAGGGAAUGGUGCUUGCUCAGACCACCUAAGAUCAGAGAGAAAUGAAGUGUCCCCUCUUCUAUCAACACCACAGGUCACUGAGAAAAAUAGGGAACAGCACCUCCAUGUUGAUGGAGGUGUCGAUACUGACUCUCCAACUCAACCCAAGUGCCAAAGGGAGUUGCGGAGGGUCAAGAGAGAACUGAAUGAGGUGGUGGUGUGGAAACUCAAAUUAUGGACAUUGCUGCUUAUCAUCUUUCUUGCCAUUGCUCUGGUUAUUGGGAUCUCAAUUAUUGUGUGUUCAGCUGUUCAUGACGAUAAGGAUGAAAAAUAUGACAAAUCAUCAUUUGUGGUGGCACGCUUCUUCAGAGGAAAUUUUACUCUGGAUGCUAAUAGUUUCACUUCAAACUCUCAGGAUGAAGAGACUAUGACAGAGCUGAAACAGCAGCUGAUAGAAGUCUACAGUUCUUCUCCUGCAUUGGAGCGGUACUUUUACAAUGUCACCAUAAACAAUCUCCAGGACACUACAGCCCAGUUUAAGCUCCAGUUCAUGAUGCCUUUAGAUCAUGAGCAGUUGAUACACUACACUCUGAGUCUAAAGAUGGUUAAAAAUGUGCUGUUCCAACACUUGUAUGAUCGAGACACUGGAGAGUCUUUCUAUAUAAUACCAACAUCACUCCACAUGGAAGUUGGGUAGACCUGCCAAACUUUAACUACAAGAUGGAUUUUGUAAAUUGAACCUCUGGUACCCUCAUCAGAAAACAGAACAUUCCAUACAUCACAUUAUUUAAUGUGAUUGCCUUCUGGACUCUUUAACAGAUCUCUUAAUAAUAUUAAUUAUUCACCAUUAA